CUUCUUAGACCCUGAGACAGAGACGUGAACGCCAAGGCAGUGGAACGUUCCUGGGACUACAGUGCACUGGGAGUCCAAAGGACUAUUGGCACAGACUCCACCUUUUGAUUUCCAAGUAGAUGAGUACAAAAGCCGAGACUGGGUCCUGAUAAAAGCCAUUAAGGAGACAAAAUUGCAGCUGGUGUGGGAAGGACCGUUUCAAGUGUUGCUAACCACUGAAUCGGCUGUGAGAACCAAGGAACGAGGCUGGGUGCAUUAUUCUAGAGUGAAAGGACCGGUGGCUUCGCCUUAUGGAUGGACAGUUGCUACAAAACCUACAAAUCCUCUUAAAUUGACUUUUAGACGACAAACCUUAGACAAUUGAUGACCAGCGGAUGGAAGAAGAAAUUUGUAUUUGGCUGGGAGUAAUAUUACUUUUUGCUAUGUUUUUGAUUGUAUUAAGAAAAGAUAUAAUUGAUUGGUGUAAAUCUAUGCUUUGGUAUCCAGUGGAUGUAAGUUCCCCUCGAGUGAUUGAUACUUUGGUGGUAAGAUAAUAAACUUUUAUCUUUCUGGACAAUAAACUGGGGGAGGGGGCUAGUCCACUAGGAAAAUGGGGUCCAUUGUGGUAGUGUUUAUUAUACUACAGGUGCAGAUAGGGAUGGGAAUUUUGGAUGUGUUGCCUAGUUACCCUAUAACAUGGCAGCAGCUAUGUUUCCAUACCGAACUCGAGCAUCGUUAUUCCCUUAUAAAAACACCACUGAGGAGGCAGCACUGAGGAGGCUGAGAUAUGUAUACAAUCAUCUUUUGGGGAUGUUAUACUGCUGGGCAGAUAUGUGCAACAGUACAAAUGAAAUAGCCCCUAAAUACAUUGAUCUUUCAAAUAGAAAGAUUCUUAUACAAUCAAUGCACUGAACAAUAUGGUAAUUAUACCCCUUCAUAUAAGAUGUUCCAAAUUUUAGAGGAAGAGUUACACUUUCCGUAUCUGGAAUUAAAAGCCCCUGCUAAGUUGAUGUUCUUAUGUGGUAACAUGGCAUUGCCCAAAUUACCUUUUGUAUGGAAGGGACGAUGUACUGUUGGUUACCUUAAAGCACCUUUACGAUAUACCAGAAGCAUUGCGGAGCCGAGGAAGAGAGAGGGCAAUGUAUUUUUGGAUUUAAUGAAGGUGGUCUUAAACAGUUCUUCCUUUUGUAUCAGAGGUGAGACAACUGUCUCUGAUAUAAUGGUGACAUGUUUUGUGGGGGUGCCUGUUCCAGGAAAAUUUUUAUUUGAAGAAGCAUGCAUUACAAUAGAACCAUAUAAUUUUAAUUUGUCACAUGUUAUAACAAUAUUUGGAAGUCCACAAAAGCCAACUAAAUGGACUAAUCAGAAGAAACUGGUAAUUGAGGUUAAAACAAUAUUACCAGCAUAUGAUUGUGUAGUUUAUAAACACCCUGAGAAAUGGCAGGAGAAGAUGAUAUAUGUUCCUGUGCCUACUGAGAAGGUGUUUCACUGUUCCGAAACGGAGGAAGUGGAAGCUAUUGGCCAGGUUCUAUAUUUGCCUAGAGGCUGGUUUCUCUUUUGUGGAUUGUAUGCUUAUGCAUAUAUCCCUGCUCAUGCCAUAGGUGGUCCUUGUACCAUUGGCCGUUGGACUACUAUUAUGGCCGUUGCACAUUUAAAAAACAUAUAUCAUAAUAUGGAGUUUUAUUAUCAGAUGAUGAAUGUAAGUUUAUACCAUACUGACCAUGUUCCUAAGAAAGUGGCUACCAAGGUAACUAUCCAUGAAUGUAUUGAAACUGUAGAGGGACACGGAGAUAAGGAAAUCCCUAAGCCUGGAAAAGAACCACAUUUAGUUAUAUAUGCUCCUGCAGACCCUACUAAAUGGCAUAUACCACCCAUAGAACCUUAUGACAAUAUUGGGGAGGGAACAUAUAAGGGGAUCUAUAGAGGUAGAAUGGAUACUACACAUUGGCAUUCGAUACUACCUGUAAUGACGAUGUAAUAGUGUUGAAUAAAGUCCAAGCUGGACUUUGGGGAAUGUUUCCAUGGAUAUCUACACAGUAUAACCAAUUACAACUUGGACACUUAGCUUGUGCUUUAGCUAAAAGUAUAAAUGAAACAUCGUCUGAUAUUGCUGCAUUGGCUGAUGAGAUGGGAGAAAUAGGAAAGUCUUUGUUGCAAAAUAGGGUAGCUGUAGAUUAUAUGUUAUUAAGGAUGGGUCAUGGAUGCGAGGAAUUCCAAGGCCUUUGUUGUUUUAAUAUAUCCGACAAAUCUCAAUUUAUAAUCCAAGUUGAGUUCAUUACAUAAUAUUACUACACAUUUAACUCAUGUAACCGAAAAUGCAGCUUUUAAGGGAGCUUGGGACACAGUAACCUCAUGGUUACCCAGUUUUGCAUGGUUGAGGGAAUUGUUUGUUGGUAUUAUACUCAUUAUAGUUAUAGGUCUUAUUUCAUGUCUUUGUAUUAAAUGUAUACCUGUAUGCUGUAGAGCGAAAAGACAGAAGAAACUAACUGGAGAAUCACGUGGUAUCUUAGGCUGCAGAGAAGUUUCUAUAAGUUGCAGGACAUACAUAAUUUACAGGAAUAAAAAUUAAGGAAAAGGAAAAGGGAGGAUUGAGAGAAAUAAGAAUUAUUCCUGUAAAAAGUAUACUCUGAGCUACACCAUUUUAAGUGCCUUAUUUUAUCUUGUAUAAUCUGAUUAUAUAAUUGAACUAAGAGAACAUAAUAAGAACAUGAGAACAUGAGAAGAGGAAAUGUGUAGUUCCUAAAGAUGCUUGUUUUGCAGGAUAUAUGAUGCAUAAACCAAUGUUCUGGGUCACUUUGCCCCUCUUCAAUAAGGGGAAGUACGCACAUAAUGAUACCACGUGCAUAAGUGGUAUUUUCGUGUAGGGUAUUUCUACUGGGAAGAUAGGGAAUUUCCAGGGCAGAACAUGUGCCAAAUAUGUUAUAUAAGAUCUGAAACUGAUGCUCUAGGGACCUGCUUAUAUCCUGUUUUAUUGGACUUGUGUAUCCUGAAGUAUGUAUAUAAGAUCUGUGAGUAGAAGACCUAAUUGCUCCCUUUUCCUCUGGAGGGGAGUCA